AUCUGUGCGUGGAUGAUGUAAUAACCGGGGAGCUAUAUUUGGAUGCACGUGCCUCCAGGGACUGCACAAUGCGGGGACGCUGAUUGGCUAGGGACCACUGAUGGAUGGCUCGGCUGGUGUGCCUUCCCAUUUCAGCAGUCUCCCACAUGCCGCCUCAUCCCCUUUCGCCCGGAGCGCUGGGCGCACAUGGAUCUCCACCCGUGGCUCCUGCGCACGUUCAUCCACCCCCAUCACACAUCCCCCAAACUGUCCGCCUGUUCUUUUAAAAUGGACCUCGCAUGCUUCCAAUGUUCUGUGGCUCCUUGAUUCCAUUCCCGCGCCGCUGUCGAGUUCGACCCCACCAUGUCCGCCUUCCGUGUCCUCGCUGCUGCCCUCUUCGCGGUCUCGUCCGUGCAGGUCGCGACCGCCGCCUCUGCGCAGAUCUUCGCCCCGCCGUCGACGAACCCGAUCGCGCAGUCCGGCAACUACACGGGCUUCUCGAACAGCACACUGAAGCCCAACAACCACCACAUCAAGAAGGGCAAGGUGUUCGAUCGCAUCAUCCAGGUCUGGAUGGAGAACACCGACUUCUCGAGUGCUGCGUCGACUGCGGCCUUCCAGAGCCUUGCCGCUCAGGGUAUCCUGCUCACCAACUUCAACGGUGUCACCCACCCUUCCGAGCCCAAUUACAUUGCGGCGAUGGGCGGUGACCACUUUGGUCUGCACGACGACAACAUGUACCACAUCCCGUCGAACAUCACGACCGUCGUUGAUCUGCUCGAGGACGAGGACGUGUCGUGGUCGGCCUACCAAGAGAACAUGCCCGAGGUGGGCUACUUCGGUUUCCUCCACGCGUCGAAGAACUACAUCUCCCCGGGCCUCGCGCCGUACAACUACUACGUACGCAAGCACAACCCGCCGAUCAUCUUCGACGCGAUUGCGGGCGAGCCCGAGCGCGUGAGCCGCAUCCGCAACUUCAACGACUUUGCCAACGACGUCGUGAACGGCACGCUCUCGCAGUGGAUCUUCGUGACGCCGAACAUGGUGAACGACGCGCACGACACGUCGAUCGACUUUGGCGCCGCGUUCCUCGAGUACUGGCUGAUGCCGCUGCUGACGGACCCGCGCGUGAAUGGCGAGAAGACGCUUAUCCUGCUCACGUUCGACGAGAACGAGACGUACGGCGAGCAGAACACGAUCUACACCGUCGCCCUCGGUACCGCCAUCCCGCUGGAGCUCCGCGGCACGACGGAUGACACGUUCUACACGCACUACUCGACAAUCUCGACCGUGCAGGCCAACUGGAACCUGAAGACGCUCGGGCGCCAGGACGCCAACGAGACCGUUGCCAGCGUGUUUGACUUUGUCGCCAAAAAGGUCGGCCACAAGAACAAGGCGAUCUCCCCUGCGCAGAUCCCCCUGCUCAACCUGACCGGCCACUACCCCGGGCCUCUCAACCCGUCGAUGUACCAGAACUUCGCUGCCCCCAACCCGGAUGCGCGGUCGCCCACGGGCCGCGGCGUGCUGUACCGCGAGGGCGUUGACAAGCACCUCACGCUCGAGCACCUGGCCGCGCCGGUCAACCUGACAGCCAAGAACACGACGACGCCUUGGCAGAUGAAUGUCAAGUCCACGAGCUUGAAGGGCAUGAUCCCGUGCACGAACGCUGCUUGCUCAUAACUGGACGCUGUUCCUCUUGUGUUGAUCGAGCAGAAUGUGUGUUAUUGUACAUAGAAUCACGAUGAAUGCGUAAUGCGCUAUCUUUGGACUUGCUCAGAGUAGAACGACGUCUGGGUGUGGAGUGACCUUCGGGCAAAGGAUCAU